AUGUUUUCUUCUUCAACCAAAAUUUGCUUGAUUUUCCUUUCAAUUUUUAUAUUAUUCCAUUUAAACAAUGGUGAAACUAAUACUAGCGUAGAUGGUUGUACAGGUGGAAGUUGUGAUUCUAAACAGAAAUGUAGUGGUAAUGGACAAGAUUGUGAGGGAGUUCUUCCAUGUUGUGACAAAUUACUAUGUGACGAGGAGAAUUGUGAAUUUUUUAUAUGAGGAAUUUAUAAAUAAGGAGAAAAAUGUCUUGAAAGGAGAUUUAAUUAUACUUAUAUCUUUUAGGGGUAUGUGUUGAUUGCCCUGCUUUAGGAACACCUUGUAGUGAGGAUGCUGAAUGUUGUGCAGGCCGUAGCUGUCAAAGUAAAUUUUGGAUAUUUGAAAUAAUGAAUUGAAUAUAGCUAGAAAAAUGUAGAGAAAUGUGAUAUUAUUUAUAGA